CUGGCAGCUCAUUCUUUGGAUCUGAAAACUUUCCUCGGGCUACCAGAAGACAUCAGGGCUGGUGGCAUGCUCUGAGUGUGCCCACCUGGCAGCACUGACGGUGAAUCAGAAAUUCCAAACGUUCCCCCACAUCCCCUAAUAUGACUCUUCAUUAUUGACAACAGAUUCUGAGCUCUUGGUUCAUUUUAUCUAAAAAUGCAACAGCACUCUCUUGACAACACUCUGGAACCAAAUGAAGGAGUUUGCUUGAACAUGGAACAUGAGAAGGUAGAUCACAGUGGGAGUUCUUCAGAGAACAGUGAUUCAGAGAGCAUCCCGCAGGCUCCCUCUGAAAAUGUGGGAUUUGCAUCUGGGCAGGACAAAGAGUCUUCCAAUACAUUGAUACAGGGAAGAGGUCAUCGGGGUCCUGCUAACCAGUCUCCAAAGAGUCCCUCAGCACAGUAUGGCAGUGGCUGGGGUAGUCUCUUCCAAUUUGAUAGGCAAGCCCCGAGCCGGAUUUCAACCUCUCCCACCUUGAGGCGGCUCAGAAGUAGCACCUCUCAGCUGCCCCCUCAUCAGGACUCUUUGGAAACAUCUAACUGGGGAAACUGGAAGCGGGGCCAGGGUUCUCUGAGCUCCCUUUAUGAAAGUCUUUCCAGAAGCCCUAAGGCUUGCUCUCAGUCUCUGUCAUCCUUGAACCUCAGUCCCAAAGCAGUUCCCCACUUGCAAACAACAACGGCACCGUUCAGUUUUACAAACUCCAAAACCAGUUGUCCAUGUCCAACAAACAGCCUCGUAGACAACGGUGCUUGCCUUGGGCCACAGACCCACUCCAACCAUACUUCUCUACCUGGGAAAGAACCUCAGCCUCAGCUUGGAUCUGUGACCCACGACAAAUGGAAUCCGGGAGAAGAAUCUUCCCAGUCCAGGUUGUACCAGCACAGGCGAAGUUCAGUGGUGGUGAACCUACCUGGACUUGAGGUGUUCCCUGGAGAUCUCCUGGUGCCCGAUGGAGUGGCCAGCUACCUGUGCCAUCCAGCCCUGCUGCUGAAUUCAGAACCCAAAAAGCCGAGAUGGCCAUUCUCCAAGAAAGGCGUGCAGAGUAAAGACAAACAAAAGCAAGCACUUGACCUGAAAAAUUGCCUUUCCACCAUUAAGAUUACCGACUGCGGUGGAUACGAGUUUCACAGCUUGAAGGAUAAGACCUGGGAAGAAGUUCUGGAAAGACAUGAAAAGCUUCCUAGUGAGCCAGCAGACUUGAGAAAGCAGCAGGAAGCUGUGUGGGAACUCUUCACCAGUGAAUGCACCUAUUAUUUAGACCACUUGCUAGUUCUUAAGAUGGUCUUUAUGAAUACACUCAAAUACCUUCAAAACUAUGAAUGCCUCUUGGAUGUGGACUUAUGGAAACUUUUUGCUAACCUUGAAGAAUUAAGUCAGGUCAGUCUUGGCUUCCUGAGCUGUUUUUUCAGCACCAUCAAGGACUAUAUAAAUUCAUCUGGCUCUGCAUCCUCCAUGGAUUUCAUCUCUGUGCUCUCCAAGCACUUCCGAGGACGCCUCUGUCAGAGUCAUCAGAUUUACUGCCUUAAUUAUACCUCCGCCAUUUUCUAUCUUGAGAGCUUGAGACAGAGGGAAGACUUCGGAAUCUAUUUAAAGUGGUGUGAGAGGCAUGAUCAGUGCAAACGACUCCACCUCCCUGAACUGCUGGUGACUCCCCUGCACCGACUGACCAGGUACCCAUUGCUCCUGAAGAACAUCUGGAAAAGGAGUACCAAUGCCAGGGAGAAAAUUACCAUCUACUCCCUCAAGGAAAAAGUGGAGAAGGCGAUUCGUGACCUUGAAGGGAAAGUGAAAUGGCUUGACAAUUUCCAAAAGUUUCGGCACCUCCAGGAGAUCAUAGUGUGGCCUCCACUUUGGGAUCGAGAUAAAAGGUUCUUCAUACCAGAGUGCCUGAAACACAUUUUUAAGGAACACAUGGCAGAAAACAUCUUGUCACCAGCCAACAGAUGCCUCCUUCAUGAGGGGAAGCUGACUCUAGCAGAAAGCACCAGAUUCCUAGAUGUCUACUUGUUUCUGUUUGAUGACUUCCUAUUAAUUACAAAAACCAAACACACCAAAAAGAAACUUGGGUGCUCAGACAUAGGUUUAGUCUGCCCUUCCCUUACCCCUGAGCUGCAGGCGAUGAUUAAAGAAGGUGGUUCUUGUACGGUACUCGAUCAACCCAUUCCUUUGGACCGGCUGGUGGUUAAAAAUAUUGACCCACUCCAUGUAUCAGUCUUUGGGCUAAGAAAUGCUUUCCUUCUACAACACAAAAACCGUUAUCAACAAUGUAUAGCAGCUUUCUUGUUGCAAGCACAAACGGAAACAGCCAAAAAAACAUGGAUGGCACAAAUUCAAAUGGCAACCUCUAGCUUCAUGAAGAGAUAUGAGACAAAGAAAUCCUCCUUCACUUUGUCUACAGAAUCCUCUGAGAUCUAGGGGCCAGAAUACAAUGACUGUAUUUGCUAUAACUUUUUAUCUACUGAUAGAGGCUGCUCCUGUGAUUUCAUUGGCAUAGAAUGAGGACACGCCCUCUGCCAACUCUACCUUCUCUAUAAGUUAGUCUAAGGGGGCUGCCUAGGGCACUUGAGACUUUUAAGUGAUUUGGUCAAAGCUGGGCAGCCACUAUGUGUCACCCUUGGGUUUCCUGUCUUCAAGGUCAACUUUUAUGCAUUACAGCAUGCUUCAUCUAACUUUUUAUGUAUUUAGGUUUAAAUUAUCAUUUUUACAAAGUUAUUAUAACCUUCCCCCCAUGAUCAACUGUGAAGAUAUAGUGGUACUGUGGAAUAUGAAGAUUUGGUUCAAGAAAAUCAGCAGAGUAGAGGUUAUAAAGAUGGAAACAUUCUGGGAGAUCCCAGUGAAAAGCAUUCUGACUUUCAGAAUAUUUGGUAAUAUUUCCAUUAGCCUUGAAAGAUGUCCAGUUAAGAUUAAAAAUUGAACAGUGCGACACAAAGAAAUAGUGGAAGCGCCUCUGUCUCUAAACCAGGGGUUCUUAAUUUGAGGUCCAUGAACCUUUUUUUUAAAAAAAUGAUAUAUUAUUUA